AUGGCAGCGAGUAACGGCGGAGGAAUGGAGGUAGACGCGACAGUCGUCGGCGCUCUGAUCGGAAAACAGGAAGGCAGAAACAUCGAGGUCAUGAAUUCAUUUGAGCUGCUGUUUCACACCGUAGAGGAUCAGAUUCACAUCGAUAAAGAGUAUUACUACACUAAAGAAGAGCAGUUCAAGCAGGUUUUUAAGGACAUGGAGUUUCUGGGCUGGUACACGACUGGUGGCACUCCAGACCAAUCAGAUAUCCACAUUCAUAAGCAGGUGUGCGAGAUCAUCGAGAGUCCGCUGUUCCUGAAGCUCAACCCCAUGACCAAACACACCGACCUGCCGGUCAGCGUGUAUGAAUCUGUGAUUGACAUAAUCAGCGGAGAGGCGACUAUGCUGUUUGCUGAGCUGCCGUAUACGCUAGCGACAGAAGAAGCAGAGCGCAUCGGAGUCGAUCACGUCGCACGGAUGACAGCCAUCGGGACAGGAGAGAACUCCACCGUGGCGGAGCAUCUGAUCGCUCAGCACAGCGCUAUAAAGAUGCUGCACAGUCGCGUGAAGGUCAUUCUGGAGUAUGUGCAUGUGUGUGUGUUAGGUGAGGUCCCGUUCAAUCAUGAGAUCCUGCGGGAGGCGAACGCUCUCUGUCACCGUCUGCCGGUUCUCAACACGCUGAAGUUCAAGACGGACUUCUAUGAUCAAUGUAAUGACGUGGGUCUGAUGGCGUACCUGGGAUCCAUCACCAAAACCUGCAACAGCAUGAACCAGUUCAUCAACAAGUUCAACGUGCUGUACGACAGGCAGGGCAUCGGCAGACGCAUGAGGGGCCUGUUCUUCUGAAACAUCAGCACAUCAGUCCUGCUUCUGUCUCGUAUCUCAAUCUCAUUUCUUUCUGACCGUUAGCGCUGUUAAUACAAUAAACGUGAUGUCUUUGUGUGAGAUGCCUGUUUAACUUUACUGUCGCAUGUAAAGAUAUCACACACAACCCUCCUGUGAUUAAGUCAGGUUUAUCUCUAUAGUGCUUUAUAAUUUACUGAUUCCUAUUUAUUACUGUGAAAUUCUAUAAUUUCAGCUUCAUCUAUAAAACAGCUCUACAGAAUACAGUAUCAUUAUUCAGUUUUCUGCUCAAGUUAUUUAAGUAUUAUUAAUUUUUUUUCUGAGAACUUUAUUUCAAGAGGUUGGAUUAAAAUCACAACUUUAUUCACACAG